AUGGAAAAUCAAACGUCGUUGCAGCCGACUUUGCGAAGUAAUGAGACCAUUGUACGAUCCAACUGGACAUCAGUAAGUGCAUCACCAACGACCAUUUUCGUGGGAGAAACAAUUACAGCUCAGUUUCAAAUUCCUAAACUUGUUCUUUAUGGAGUUAUCUUGACGCUGAGCAUUCUUGGUAACGCGGCAGUUGUUUACAUUAUCUUGCAGUCUCGGCGAAGAAUUCGUAAGACAUCUUAUGUCCUUUUGGUCCUUAACUUGGCCAUCUGUGAUGCAAUUACACCCAUCAUAAGCAUUCCUAUCGACUGGGUUUUUGAGGAAUAUGACUACAGGUGGACUCUUGGAGCAGUCCUGUGUAAACUUCUUUGGCCUCUUCAGACAAUGUUCUCCACUUCGUCAGCGCUCACUUUAGCUAUGAUUUGUUUUGACAGAUACCGCGCAGUUGUCCACCCUUUCAAGGCACGCAGGGUGACAAAAACGCAUAUCAAGCACUGUAUCUUCGCGAUUCACUUCACGUCGUGUAUAUUCGUAAUACCUUACGUCGUUGUUCUGGAUCUGAAAGGAGAUGACUGCGAUGAGCAUUGGCCAUCUCCUGUCACCAGUUACAGAAAAGCCUACACUUUGAUUCUCUUUCUUGUACAAUACGGGAUACCCCUUACUUUGAUGGUAACUCUGCAUAGCUUAGCAUUAAAAACUCUUUGUGGUCAAUCUAAGCAUCUUAGAGAAGGAAGCACACACUCGAAGGCGUCCGAAUCGAUAUCAAGUAUGCAAUUCAGAAUUUCCGCUAGGAAGAAGAUGCAGAACAUUCACGUUACUAAAAUGUUUGUUAUGAUUGUCAUGGUGUUUGCACUGAGUAUGUUUCCCAACCAAGUCUUAUGGCUUUGGGUAGAUUUUGGCAAUGGUGGCAAAAAUGAAUACUUUGUUAUCAUAUCAGCAGUUUGCAGGUUGUUCACGUAUUCGAACAGUGUUCUUAAUCCUGUUAUUUAUGGCUUUUACAGCCGGGAGUUGCGCUCUAGCAAGGCAAAACUCACGAGUACUACUACUUCCGCGGGAAGGAACCCAGGCAUACAUUCUUCAGGUUUUAGAUACGCAGAACAUAGAUCUGCACAUGACGCAGAUAAAGCAGAUUUAGUAAAUCGCGGACAGCCUGACACAAGACACGAGAGAGCGAUUCAUUGCAAAUUCCCCGCUACAGGCGAGCAACGUCUUUUGCCAAAAUCUCUCUUAGGGUCUAUCAAAAAUCAUCCACUCGCAUUAAAAAAGGAUUGCCAUAGGAAUGAAGCUGCCCAAGGUCCCAUGAAACCGAUUGAAAACUGUACAAUCGCCCAAAAUGGUGUUCUGCGGAGUCCAUUAAGCCCUCUGCAUAACAGCGAGUCGGCAGAAGGGAUGCAAAAUGUGUUUUCCAUUCCUGAUUACACACAAAGGCAUUUUGAUAACAUUCGUGAAAGCAACUGUUGA